AUUGGUCGCAACUUAAAAUCCUUAUCCUCUCUCUCCAUCACUCUCUCACGCACACACCCUCGAACACACUUCCCCCGGCAACUGCGAACUCGUCAAUGGCGCCUCAGAUCUAACAGUUCCGCCCUGUUGCUUCUAUCCGAGAGGCUUAUUCAGCAUCUUGCUUGUACUGGCGAGGUAUUCAUUAUACUGAGCUACAUCUUUGAUUCGUUGGGAAUUCUCGGAGCUGCUUCGGUAUGCAGAAAAUGGCGUACUCGUUCCCCGAGGAGGUCCUCGAGCAUGUUUUCUCAUUUAUCCAGUCGGAAAGGGAUCGUAACGUGAUCUCGUUGGUGUGCAAGUCAUGGUACGAGAUCGAACGGUGGUGUCGGAGGAGGGUUUUCGUCGGGAACUGCUACGCUGUUAGCCCCGUGAUGGUGAUCAAACGGUUCCCGGAUGUGAGAUCCAUUUCCCUCAAAGGGAAACCUCACUUUGCCGACUUCAAUUUGGUUCCCGAGAAUUGGGGCGGCUUUGUGUGCCCUUGGAUCGUGGCUAUGGCGGAGGCCUACCCGUCGCUGGAGGAGAUCCGACUCAAGAGGAUGGUCGUAACGGAUGAGAGCUUGGAGCUGAUUGCUAAAUCUUUCAAGAACUUCAAAGUCCUUGUGCUGUCCUCCUGUGAGGGUUUCAGUACCGAUGGACUCGCCGCAAUUGCCGCCAAUUGCAGGAAUUUGAGAGAGUUGGACUUGCGAGAGAGUGAAGUGGUCGACCUUAAUGGGCAUUGGCUAAGUCAUUUCCCAGAUUCGUACACAUCGUUAGUUUCUCUUAACAUUUCUUGCCUAGGUUCUGAGGUGAGUUUGUCUGCACUUGAGCGCCUGGCUGGCAGGUGUCCUGACCUGCAGACUCUUCGUCUCAAUCGAGCUGUGCCCCUUGAUAGGCUAGCGAACCUUCUUACCCGGGCUCCUCAGCUAAUUGAGGUAGGCACAGGAACCUACUCAUCUGAAAUUCGACCUGAUGUCUUCUCAAACUUAGAGGGAGCAUUAUCUGGAUGUAAGCAAUUGAGGAGCUUGUCUGGCUUCUGGGAUGUUCUCCCAUCCUACCUUCCAGCUAUCUACCCUGUCUGCUCUAGGUUAACAUCGCUAAACUUGAGUUAUGCAACUGUUCAAAGCCUUGAUCUGAUCAAGCUCGUCAGGAAAUGCCAUAAUUUGCAGCGAUUAUGGGUACUGGAUUACAUAGAAGAUGCUGGCCUUAAUGCCCUCGCUUCAUCAUGCAGGGAUUUAAGAGAGUUGAGAGUUUUUCCAUCUGACCCAUUUGGGUUAGAGCCAAAUGUGGCCUUGACAGAACAUGGGCUCGUUUCUGUGUCUGAAGGCUGCCCAAAGCUCCAGUCAGUUCUUUAUUUCUGUCGGCAGAUGUCUAAUGCUGCCCUAAUUACAAUUGCUAGGAACAGGCCCAAUUUGACUCGGUUCCGGCUGUGUAUCAUGGAGCCUCGAACUCCUGACUACCUUACCCUUCAACCUCUGGAUGUUGGUUUUGGAGCUAUUGUAGAGCAUUGUAAGAAUCUCCAACGUUUAUCUCUUUCAGGUCUUCUUACUGAUCGCGUUUUUGAGUACAUUGGGACUUAUGCGAAGAAGCUUGAGAUGCUUUCUGUGGCCUUUGCUGGAGAUAGUGAUUUGGGACUCCAUCAUAUACUCUCUGGGUGUGAUAACCUUAGAAAGCUAGAGAUAAGGGACUGCCCGUUUGGUGACAAGGCCCUUUUGGCCAAUGCUGCAAAGCUGGAGACAAUGCGAUCCCUUUGGAUGUCUUCAUGUUUGGUGAGUUUUGGAGCUUGUAAGCUGCUGGGUCAAAAGAUGCCUAGACUUAAUGUUGAAGUCAUCAUUGAUGAGAGUGGACCUCCAGAUUCAAGGCCAGAGAGUUGUCCUGUUGAGAAGCUCUAUGUAUACAGGACGAUUGCUGGGCCAAGAUUGGACAUGCCUCCAUUUGUGUGGACAAUGGGAGACGUUUCUGAAUUAAGGCUUUCGUGAUCAAACGAAUUGUGUCUUUUGAACCUUGGAACUGACAAGCCUCGUGUUGGAGGGACAAUGUCAGGUACAUGUUUUAGUGUGGCAAUCUCAAAUGAAUAUUGCUAUCACCUGGCUUAUGUGUUGCAGCUACGGACGGUGUUUGAGCUAGCCACCGGAGGGUACACAAGCUUCAGCUCCAUUGCCAUUCAUUUUAUAGGGCUGAGCUACGGAAUACCAAGUCGAGGGUACACAAGCUUCAGCUCCAUUGCCAUUCAUUUUAUAGGCUCUGAGCUACGGAAUACCAAGUAGUGAUUAAGGGAAACGGACAAACUUGUUAUAUGCAUGAGAUAGAGUUGUUAUAUUCUUCGUAGUAUGAUAUUUUGCGGACUUAUGCAAGAUUAUGCAUGUUUUGGUUUUUGGGGCAAGGUCUGCUAGAGUCAAGUCAAUGUCAUUGUUGAGCUUUCAUCAAAUAAUAAGAAUUCAUGAUCUUAAUUUCC